AAUGAAAGUGUAAGAGAGAGAGAGGAGAGGGAGCGUUAAGACAGAGGGUCCCUGUGAGAGGCGCCACACGAGCCUCUCUCCCCACAACAACAACAACACUGUGGCGCCUCGCUCUCCUCCACACACACACACUGCUGGUGUGUGUACUCACCGUGUUGUGUGUGUGUGCCUCGCGCUCCUCUCCACACUGGUGGUGUACACACCUCUUACACCACACUCUGCUGCCUCUACACCUCUCCACGAUGUUCUGGUCAAAUCGAAGAUCCCUAAAGCAUGCCAUCGAGUCUCAAGAGAAAAAGAAUGAGAAUAAGCCACCUCUGACAGAUGUAAAGCUGCGGACAGAUAGUUGUGGUGAGCCUCCAGUACUGACAGUUGGUAGUGUAAGCACUGGAAAUCAUGGCAUUCAGAGUCAAGAGGCUGAUGUUAACAGAGAUUUUAAUUUUAAUAGUUCCCAGAGAAAGUGGAAUUUAGAGGCUGCAAGUAGUCUCGAGUGUAAAAAAAGUGGUAUUUCAUAUCUGAGUAAACAAGACUCAUCAGUUAACAGUGGACUUCUCUCUAAGCAGCAAAAAUAUGACCGCUCCACUGCUGUUGAGACUCAUGAUAAUUUUGACAUUAUUAACAAUAUUACUGAUGAUAACAGUUUGAAUUACCGUUUAGUGUGCUGCAGCCCAUGUAAUGUAUAUUUUAUAAAUCAAGUGCACUUUAACAAACAUAAAAAAUAUUGUAAUGCUUGUAUGAAAUGUUUUUCAGUUUUUAAUACUCAUUCUCAGCUGAUCUUUCACAUAAAUCAAAAGAAUCAUCAUGUUAAUAUAAAUAACAAAAAAUGGGUUAAUGUAACAUAUUCACAAUUACAGCAGCUAAGGGAAGAGGGACGACUCAUAGUGAAGAAUACUAAAGAUCUAUGUAAAAUAGUAAUAAAUAGAAAAUCCAUGAAAAAACAAAUAGUGAACAAAAAAGAGGGCACAUUAGGACUCUGCUGUGAUAAUUCCAAAAUUUCAGAUUCAGAUGGUGACAGGGCAAUGUAUGAUAUUAAGAGACCCUCGCUAGCAGUUAAAAAUGCCUUGAAAGUUUCUCUUGUAAAUCAUGAUUCUAGUAUAGGAAAAGCUGAGGAACCCUUAAUAUAUUCCUCAAAAGUCUCUGGCAUGUUGUGUGAUAGGCUUCCUAUAUCAAGUUCGGAAACAACUGCAAAUAAAAAUCAUGAGAUGAGGGACCAAAACUUGACAGAUAUGCCUAAAAAACCUGGCUCAGCUGUGGAAAGUUCAGUUCAAAGACAGAACUGCUUGAAUAAAAACCAAUCACUUGAUCAAAGCAAUAGUAAAGCAGAAGAAACAAUGAACGAAAUGCAAAAGAAAUCUAGCAGGGAUGGAACACAUCUUAUAAUGUUAUGUAAGAAGUGUAAUGUAUACUUUUUACAUAAGAAAAGUUGGGUAAGCCAUAAUUCUCAGUGUAAACUGCCCAAAAAUUUUUGCAUGGUUUGUAGGAGAGUAUUCAGUUCCAUUUACAGCUUGAACCAACACAAAACAGCCACAAGACAUACCUGCAACAUCAGGACUAUGCAUCGUGUAUCUCAGGACAAACUGGAGGAUUUAAUUGGCAAAGGGAAAAUAUACAGUAGUGAUGUUAAAAACUGCAACUUUGAUUCUUCAGUAAUGAUGGAUGCAGUUAGUUCAUCUGAAAGCAAAAGUUUGAAAACCAAAAGCUGCACAAUAGAGGCAAAGCAUGUUGUGGAAGAUGAAAAUGAUUCACAAGUUGCCCUUGAAGAUAUGAUAGUGGUGGAUCAAUAUAUAAACUUAAAUCUGGUCGAUACUGAAAGCAAUGAUAAAGGCCCUUUUUUGCACCCAUUAAGAGAAGAACUUGGGGUAACUAGUAAUUGUGCUAACAAAAAUCCUGAAAGUAAAUUACAACAAGAGAUUUCCUCUGGUAAACCAUCACAGCAAGAGGAUUCCUCUGGAAAGCCAUCACAAGAGGCUUCCUCUGGUAAACCAUCACAGCAAGAGGUUUCCUCUGGUAAGCCAUCACAACAGGAGGCUCCCUCUGGUAAACUACCACAACAGAAGGUUCCCUCUGAUAAACCACCACCACGAGAAGUUCCCUCGGAUAAAUUGCCACAAGAGGUUCCCUCGGAUAAACCGCCACAACGAGAGGUUCCCUCGGAUAAACCGCCACAACGAGAGGUUCCCUCGGAUAAACCGCCACAACGAGAGGUUCCCUCGGAUAAACUGCCACAACGAGAGGUUCCCUCGGAUAAACUGCCACAACGAGAGGUUCCCUCGGAUAAACUGCCACAACGAGAGGUUCCCUCGGAUAAACCGCCACAACGAGAGGUUCCCUCGGAUAAACUGCCACAACGAGAGGUUCCCUCGGAUAAACCACCUCAACAAGAGGUUCCCUCAGGUAAACUACCACAAGAAGAGGGGGCCUUCAGUAAACUAGUACAUAAAAUAAAUAAUACAUGUAACCAAGUACAACACAGUUCCUCAGGAAAACAAGUGCAAGAAGAGGGUGCUACUAUGAAACCUGCAGUAGAAAAGGGUAUUGCUAGUAAGCUGGUACAAGAUCAGUAUAAUAAUAAUAAUAGUUUACUAGUGACACUAGAACAGGAUACCCCCAAUGAACUAAUACAAAAUGAUACUGCAAAUAAACUAGUAAAAGAAAAGUGUGUUAUCAGGAAACUAGUAAAUGAACAAAUCACUACCAGUAAACCAGAACAAGAAACAUGUUCUUUCAAUAAACCAAUAAAAAAUGACACUAGCAGUGCACCAGCACUAGAGAAGAACACUAGCCGUACACCAGCAAAAGAGAAGAACACUAGCAGUACACCAGCAAAAGAGAAGAACACUAGCCGUACACCAGUACUAGAGAAGAACACUAGCAGUACACCAGCACUAGAGAAGAACACUAGCAGUGCACCAGCACUAGAGAAGAACACUAGCAGUACACCAGCAAAAGAGAAGAACACUAGCAGUACACCAGUACUAGAGAAGAACACUAGCCGUACACCAGUACUAGAGAAGAACACUAGCAGUACACCAGUACUAGAGAAGAACACUAGCAGUACACCAGUACUAGAGAAGAACACUAGCAGUGCACCAGCAAAAGAGAAGAACACUAGCAGUACACCAGCAAAAGAGAAGAACACUAACAAUAAGUCAGCACAUAAAAACUCUAGCUGUAAAUCAACACAAGAGAAGAAUGCUAGCAGUAAUCCAGCAAAAGAGAACUACACUAUCAAUAAACCAGCAAAAGAGAAGAACACUAGCAGUAAAUCAGAAAAAGAUAAGAACACUAUCAAUAAACCAGCACAUGAGAAGAACACUAGUGGUAAACCAGCAUAUGAAAAAAAUACUAGCAGUGAGCCAACAAAAGAGAAGAAUACUAGUACUAAGCCAAUGCAGGAAAAGAACACUAACAAUAAGCCAGUGCAAGAGAAGAACACUAGCAGUAAGCCAAUGAAAGACAAAAACACUAGCAGUAAACCAUCAAAAGAUAAGAACACUAUCAGUAAGCCAUCAAUAGAAAAGAACACUAGCAAUAAGCCAUCAACGGAAAAGAACACUAGCAAUAAGCCAUCAACGGAAAAGAACACUAUCAGUAAGCCAUCAACAGAAAAGAACACUAGCAAUAAGCUAUCAACAGAAAAGAACACUAGCAAUAAGCCGUCAAUAGAAAAGAACACUAGUAGUAAGCCAUCAACAGAAAAGAACACUAGCAAUAAGCCAGCAACAGAAAAGAACACUAGCAAUAAGCUAACAAAAGAAAAGAACACUAGCAAUAAGCCAUCAACAGAAAAGAACACUAGUGAUAAGCCAUCAACAGAAAAGAACACUAGCAAUAAGUCAGCAAAGGAAAAGAACACUAGCAGUAAGCCAGUAAAAGAUAACAAUAUUAGUACUAAGCCAACACAGGAAAAUAACACUAGCAGUAUGCCAGCACAAGAGAAGAAUACUAGCAGUAAGCCAGUAAAAGAGAAGAAUACUAGUACUAAGCCAACACAGGAAAAGAGCUCUAGCAGUAUGCUAGCACUAGAGAAGAACACUGGCAGUAAGCCAUCAAAAGAAAAGAAUGCUAGCAGUAAGCCAGAACAAGACAAGAACACUAGCAGUAGGCCAAUGAAAGACAAGAACACUAGCAGUAAACCAUCAAAAGACAAGAACUCUAGCAGUAAACCAUCAAAAGACAAGAACACUAGUAGUAAACCAUCAAAAGACAAGAACACUAGUAGUAAACCAUCAAAAGACAAGAACACUAGCAGUAAACCAUCAAAAGAGAAGAACACUAGCAGUAAGCCAUCAAAAGAAAAGAUCGCUAGCAGUAUGCCAGCACAAGAGAACAACACUAGCAGUAAGCCAAUGGAAAACAAGAACACUAGCAGUAAGCCAAUGAAAGACAAGAACAUUAGCAGUAAGCCAGCAAAAGAGAUGAACACUAGCAGGAAGCCAGCACAAGAGAACAACAAUAGCAGUAAGUUAGCAAAAGACAAUACUGUUUCCAUUGCCAGUGAACCAAGUGUUGAAAUAUUUUCUAACUGUAAGUUAAAAGAUGAAGGUACUACUAUUAUUUCAGACCACUGUAGAGUUGAAUAUAAUAAAGUGCUACCAGACCCAAGUGCCACUAGUAAACUGGUGCCAGACCAAAGUGCCACUAGUAAACUGGUGCCAGACCAAAGUGCCACUAGUAAACUGGUGCCAGACCAAAGUGCCACUAGUAAACUGGUGCCAGACCAAAGUGCCACUAGUAAACUGAUGCCAGACCAAAGUGCCACUAGUAAACUGGUGCCAGACCAAAGUGCCACUAGUAAACUGGUGCCAGACCAAAGUGCCACUAGUAAACUGGUGCCAGACCAAGGUGCCACUAGUAAACUGGUACCAGACCAAGGUGCCUCCAGUAAACUGGUACCAGAACAAAGUGGCACCAGUAAACUGGUGCCAGACCAAAGUGCCACCAGCAAACUGGUGCCAGACCAGAGUGCCACCAGUAAACUGGUGCCAGACCAAAGUGCCACCAAUAAAUUAGAAGGUAUAAGCAUGACUAGUAGAUUGGUUCAAGAAAAGGGUAUUGCAUUUGAAUCAGAAAAAGACAAAUUUAUUAACACUAAUUCCCAAACUGAAACCAAUGUCCAGAAGAAUAUUAAAUGCCAAAUGUAUGUUUUGUCCCAAAAUGAGUGUGACAAAGAUAUUAGACAGCAUUUGAUGUAUAUACAUAGACAAAAGGUAAACAGUAAAGCAAAGGGAAGUUCUGUAACUAAGAGAGAUGAUGUAACUUUACCAGAAGAGUUCACCUUGGCCCCGAGUAAUAGCAGUUGUAGGACAGAGGAUGCCUCUUGUGAUAAAGACUUGAAGAAUAUGGCAGGUUAUUCUGGUGAUAAUAAUAUACCUGCUAGUGAUAUAAAAGCAAAUGAAUUGCCAACAGAUUCUUGUAAAUCAGAUUUACUAAUGAAAAGAGGACUAAAGAGAAAAAAAUCAUUCGAACGUCCAAUGCCAAAAUCAAGAAAAUUGGCUUUGCAGCAUAAAGAGCUGAUAAAUGCGCAAAAGUCUCUUAGUAACCGUAGGAGUGUACGGCUGGAGAAGUUAACAGAUUAUUGUCCUGGUUGUUCGGAAUUAAUAGAUGUUACAACAGCUAUAUUGAAUACACUGACAUAUGAAUUGACAUUCUGGUGUAAUAAAUGUGCCUGGGAUAUAAGGUUUCUUGGUAUUGUAGGACCUGAUUAACAGUAAGACAUGCAUUAGUGUGUGUUUUGUAAACUCUGGUCUCGGUCAGAUAGCCCAUUGUAUUUUGCAGCUUUUGCAUCUGAUGUGUACCUGAAGGCAAUAUUAUUAGGCUGUUCAAGAAUUUCAAGAUUGAUUGUUUUUAUUCUUUCAAAGCCAUUAUGAUGAACAGAAGUACAGUACUGAUAAAUAGCUGUCUUGAAUUUCAAAUCCUCCAGUAUUUAUCAUGUUUUAUUUUCAAGCAUCAUUAUUUCAUUUCUGUAUAUUUUUUUUAGCUUUAAUGAAAAUGUCUUGAUGUUGCUGUUAUGUUUUAAAUAUAUUUUGUAUAUAAUAUGUUAUAAAGAUUUCUCAUGUACAGCGUGAAAAAUACAAGUUUCACAUUAUGUUGACUUAAUCCUUACAAGAUUGCAGGAUAAAAUAUAUUUGUAUGGGGUACACUUUGUGACCAGAAGGCAAGUGGCUUGUUUGAGAUAAUGCUUUGCUCAUGUGAUCACCUGUCCCUUACUGAUCUUAAUCUGACAGGCUAUUGAUUUAUAUAUUUUUCUUUUUAACUUGUUGAUGAAAAUUAUGUUUUUUCAUUCUUAGUCCCUUGUAUCAUUAAAUUAGUUGCAUUCAUUGCCAUUACCAUUAUUGCAAUUGGUUAAUUAUUUGGCUGUUUCUGUAAUGUAUACAGUAAAUAAUAUGAGCAAAUCAGGCUCACUUCUAGUAAUUUGUCAUAUUUUGUUAAUGUUUCCUGAAACAUUUAAUGAACUUUUAUAUUCUGAGUGACUUUCAUUGCUCAAGCUAUGAAUGGCAUUUGCAUAAAUGUACUGAAUGUUUUACUUUUAGUCAGAGUUUCACCAGAUGACAAAGACCGGUGAAAUUGAUCUGCCUCAACUUUAUUACCGUCUUCCAAAACAAGAUUUUCCUUUGUUUACGAGUUUGGUUAUUUAGAAUUAUAUAUUUUUUAUUACACCGUUAAAAAUGUUAUGUCAAAUUUUAUAGUUUGCAUUUAGUGAGUGUUGGUGCACACCAAGCUUGGAGAAGUGAGUGUUGGUGCACACCAAGCUUGGAGAAGUGAGUGUUGGUGCACACCAAGCUUGGAGAAGUGAGUAAAUGUUUUGCAUCUUAAAGAAUCUGGCUAAUUUUGAAGUUUUUUUUAGUUCCAAUUUUAUUGUACAGUUCAUCAUUACUAUUUUUGAGUUACAGACUUGAUUUCUAGUAUUAUUAAUUUUAGUAUUCAAAUCAUCUUGUACAGUUCAUCAUUUCUUAUGCUGCAAAAGAUUUAAGACAAAUAUGUACAGUAUUUGAGUUAAUUAUAACUAAUAUUAAGGCCAUGAAGCUAUGUAUACUACAAUCACUUUCACUGAUGUAAGUCAAGAUAAUAAAAUUAAACAUUGGUAUUUCAUAAA